UAACCCGAUUUAGGAGGAAGAAGAAGAGCGUGUUGUUUGUUUAGGUUUUCGCAGGUGAAAUGGGGAUGCAAUCCUCCUUUGUCUGUAUUUUUGGACUGUUCGUCCUGCUUUCGAGCACAUCAGCAUCUUCAGAUGUGUUCGAUAGCGUUUUGGGAAACACAGCAUCCUGUCACAAGUCAUGUGAAAUGACAUACAGUUUGCACACGUAUCCACGGGAGGAGGAACUGUAUGCCUGUCAGAGAGGUUGCCGUCUGUUCUCCAUUUGUCAGUUUGUUCGUGACAGCGACGAUCUGAAUCAGACCAAAAGCGAAUGUGAAUCAACCUGUCGCGAAGCCUACACCCAGUCUGAUGAGCAGUAUGCCUGCAACCUGGGCUGUCAGAAUCAGCUUCCAUUUGCAGAGCAGCGGCAUGAGCAGGUACAAUUGGAGGCCAUGAUGCCUAGGAUACACCUGCUGUACCCCCUGACUCUGGUCAGAGGGCUUUGGGAGGAUGUCAUGAGUCAGGCCCACAGCUUCAUCACUUCCACAUGGACAUUCUACCUCCAGGCUGAUGAUGGCAAAAUUGUCAUCUUUCAGACUGAACCACAAGUCCAGUUUUUCUCCCAGUUUGAAGUGGAAAAAGAUGUUAAAGAAGAGGAGCCACAGAAGAGCUUCCCUGGGUUGAGCAGCCCACUUUACAAAGAAUACCAUCGCGCUUUAAUCCAGGAGAGGGACAGGGAUAUGACCGGGGACCGCAGCUACGAUGAUGAGUACAACCUCUUCAGCUGCCUUUCAAGGAACCCCUGGUUACCAGGGUGGAUCCUAACCACAACUCUGAUCCUGUCUGUGCUGGUCCUGAUCUGGAUCUGUUGUGCCACUGUGGCAACUGCUGUGGACCAGUAUGUACCUGCUGAGAAAUUGAGCAUCUAUGGUGACAAGGAGUACAUGAAGGAACACAAACUGACCCCUUACCCAGCAUCCUCCCUGCUGAUCAUCACCUCCAAAGGGUCAGAGGAAGAGGCCGGGCCACUCCCUUCAAAAGUCAACCUGGGCCAGUCUGACAUUUAGAAGCCAAAGCAGUAGCAGAGAAGGGAUUAUCCUCCUUUAUACAUCUUUAGUUGAUUUUUAUCCCCUGGCACAAGACCUGUGCCUCUUGUGGUCUAAACAGGAGUAACUGCUACUUGCAGAACACUUUGUAUUCCUGAUAUAAUGUCUCGUCUCCCUUUUGACGCUUUUAAAUUGAGGUGAGGAAAAGGUUUAUUUUCUGUAUAUUUGUAUGAAUGAGGCAUUAUAGUGUAGUGAUCAAAGUAAAGUAGGCUUUGGGUUUUUUCUUAAGCUUUUGAUGUGUGCAUUAGCUGUCUGUUGGUUUGCUUAUUUUAUUGAGUGAUGUUUAAAUGAAAUACUUGCGACUUGAAGUCAUGCAGGUUUCACCCAAAACCCUGAACUUUUUGAAAACUAGAUUGUGCUAACAUUGCAGACUCUCACUGUCUGUUCUUACGUUUCUACUGCAGUGAUUUCCAGAUGUUGAGUUUUCCAAUAAAAAUCUAUGAUUAUAAUUAAUAGUGCUGGUACGUACAAUAGGUCUUUCCUGCUUCACUGUUGUCUGUUCUCGUAAUGAUGGGUCAAAAUUAAAUACAAUGGAGUGAAGUUCUUUA